GCAAAAAGUUACAGUGCAUUUCAACAUUUGCUCACUUGGGAAAAUCCAGAAAGCCUCACAAGAUUGCAGGAGGAUAACACGGACAAGAGGCAGAGCCCUUCCACCAACACCAAGCAGCAAGAGCAGGCAGGGAACAAGACUGCACAAUGGCGUCAGAAGACCACAUGCCAGGCCCUGUGUGCCUCAUUGAGAAUGUGAAAGGGCAACUGGUAGCCAACCAGGAGGCUCUGCAGAUCCUGUCUGCCAUCGAGCAGCCAGUGGUAGUGGUGGCCAUUGUGGGUUUCUACCGCACAGGCAAAUCCUACCUGAUGAACAAGCUGGCUGGGAAGAACACAGGCUUCUCUCUGGGCUCCACAGUGCAGUCUCACACCAAGGGGAUCUGGAUGUGGUGUGUGCCUCAUCCCCAGAAGGCAGACACCACCUUAGUUCUGCUUGACACAGAGGGCUUGGGUGAUGUUGAAAAAGGUGACAACCAGAGCGACUGCUGGAUCUUUGCCCUGGCUGUACUUCUCAGUAGCACCUUUGUGUACAACAGCAUGGGAGCCAUCAACCAGCAGGCCAUGGACCAGCUGCACUAUGUGACAGAGCUGACAGACAGAAUCAGAACAAGAUCCUCAUCUGACCAGGAUGAGGUGGAUGCCUCAGAUGAGUUUGUGAGUUUCUUCCCGGAUUUCGUGUGGACUGUGAGGGACUUCUCUCUUGAGCUGAAAAUAAAUGGAAAACCCAUCUCUGCAGAUGAAUACCUAGAGAAUAGCCUGAGACUUAUAUAUGGUACUGGCCAAAGAGAUAAAGAAAAAGAAUUAAAUAUGCCUAGGCUUUGUAUCCACAAGUUCUUCCCAAAGAAGAAAUGCUUUGUCUUUGAGAGGCCAGCACCGGGGAAGAAGCUUGGCCAGCUGGAAUCACUACAGGAUCAUGAUCUGUACUCUGACUUUGUGGAACAGGUGGCAGAUUUCUGUUCCUACGUGUUCAGCUGUUCCAAGGUUAAAAGGCUUUCAGGAGGCAUCAAGGUCAAUGGACCACGACUAGAGAGCUUGGUGACAACCUAUAUCAACACCAUCAGCAGUGGAGGUUUACCCUGUCUGGAGAAUGCUGUCCUGGCUUUGUCCCAGACAGAGAAUGAAGCUGCAGUGCAAAAGGCCAUUGCCCACUAUGACCAGCAGAUGAGCCAGAAGUUGCAGCUGCCCACAGAGACCCUCCAGGAGCUGCUGGACCUGCACAGGGCCAGUGAGAAAGAAGCCAUCAAGAUCUUUAUGGAGAAUUCCUUCAAAGACAUUAAUCAAGUGUUUUUAAUGCAAGUAAUGACCAGAUUAGAAGCAAAGCUAGAAGAAUUCUUUAAGAAGAAUGCACAGGUGUCCUCAGACCACUGCUCGGCUCUGCUUCAGGGUAUUUUCAGUCCUCUAGAAGAAGACUUGAAGCAUGGGAUUUAUUUUAAACCAGGGGGAUACUUUAUUUUUAUGCAGAAGAUACGGGAGUUGAAGAAAAAGUACUAUGAGGAACCUAGGAAGGGGGUUCAGGCUGAAGAAGUUCUGCAGAAAUUUUUGCAGUCAAAGGAAGAAGUGAGUGAUGCAAUUCUACAGACAGACCAGACUCUGAAAGAAAAGGAAAAGGAGACUGAAGUGGAGCGUGUGAGAGCUGAAGCCACUCAGGCUGCAGCAAGAAUGCAGGAGGAAAUGCAACAGGAGAAUAAGCAGUUGCUGCAACAGAAAAAGAGUCAUGAGAAACAUAUAAAAGUGUUGACUGAGAAGAUGGAGAAGGUCCAGGCCCAGUUGAGCAAGGAGAAGAGAGCACAUUUGAAGAUAUCUUUGGAAUGUGCAGAACUACGGGAAGAGAAUGAAAGACUUCAUUUCAGGAAAAGGAGAAAGGUUUUUGGAUGUGUGUUGUGCUAAAGGCCUAAAAGAGUAGUGCUAUCCUGCCAUUCAAAGCAGAACUGAAAAGGGUGUAGAAUUUGGAACAGGAGUGACUCUAUGUGAAACACAAAUUAAAAAUAUGCAAAGAUGUUCAGUGCAAUCAUGGAAAUCAUGUUCAUCUUCAUAUAAGAUUGGGUACCAAAGAUGCCAUUGAUGUCUUUCUCACAAAAGAGGUACCAACAACACCACUUAGAAGAAAGGCACCUUUCCAGAUGAUCUCAAGACACUUAUUGUAUUAUUAAGUAUUGGUUCAUAAUUAGGAAUCCAGUUGUCCAAGGAUGUGAUAGAUCUAAAGGACAGGGACAACCAACCUUAUUUCCCACAAUGUAAAGUUUUCCAUUGUAUGAAAUAUCAAAACACUCAACUUUUCAGCAGUGGAAUUAUUUGUGGACACUGAUGAUGGUUAACCCUAUGAACACACUCCAUUAUAAAUCAAGACACCUGCCUGGAGAUGAGAUAUCCAAAGGAAUAUGGAAGAACCCAUUACCAUGACAAGAAGCUGUUUUACAGAUCCAUGGGCCAAUGAAGGGAAUGUACAUGGAGAGAUUGAAACUGUUACAUUACUUUUCUAAACUUUAAUAUUUAACACUGAUUGCAUGCUAACAUGAUGUCAACAAAGCAUAAUGUAGACCUUAAGGAUGACUUUAAAUGAUGAUGGGUAAUCUACAGUAUCAAGUGUAUUUUAAUGGUUUAUCUGUAACCAUAAACUUACUCUACUCUUUUCCAUUUUUUAGCAGUUAUACCUGAAAUCCUUUUGAUUUUUCCACAAGCAGAAUAAAGAUUAUUUU